CUUGGCUAAAAAUUGCCAUAUUUGCCGACAAGUUGUUGACAUGUUUUGACACAUUGAAAGAAAAAUGAAGUUAUCUCCUCCACCACGAAGGGUUUGCCUGCGACUUGAGUUGCCUAAGACCCUGUUGGAUGCCCUUGGUCAGGUCGUGUUCAUAUUUGGAGGAGCUUUGUUGCUCUGGUAUGAAGUCUGGCAUAUCUUGCCUACAUACUACUCUGACGUUGGUGACCAUGGCAACAAGGAAAGUGAUCGGCAAUCAGAGAUCCGUAUUCACUAUGCUGUUGCUGUGUUCUUUGCAGUGAAUGUCUACGGAAACUAUUACAAAAUUGUGACAACUGAUACAUCUCAGAAGAGAUACAUGUUUACGUCGGGGUCUUUGCUCCCUGACGGCUGGCGGCACUGUUUUGAAUGUAACUUGAACCUCCCGCCGCGAUCUCACCAUUGUAAAAUAUGUGACACCUGUAUCCUGAAACGAGACCACCACUGUUGGUUUACAGGAUGCUGUAUUGGCUACUUCAACCACAGAUAUUACAUUGCCAUGGUAACACACUGCAUUCUAACAGCCUUAUACUGUAACAUUUUCAAUCUGGACUUUGUGAUAUCAGUCAAAGGACAUUUGACUCUGUUUAAUCUGUUAUCAUACAUAGGGCCACAUUUUGGUCUCAUAUUCGGCUACUAUGGCUUCUAUGAUUUUUUCAUUACUACCAUGACAACCGUUGGAACUGUGCUAUUCUUUAUCUUCUGUAAUUUACUUUACAUUCAACUGAAGCAGAUUUACUAUGGACAAACGAAAUAUGAGCUGAAGAAGAAUAUAAAAAGCUAUGACCUUGGGCUUUGUUACUCCCUCAGGGAGUGUAUGGGGAAGAGGUGGUACCUAAUUCUUCUGUUUCCAUGGAUACCAUCACCAUUGCCUGGCAGUGGCAACUAUUACAGAGUGAAAGGGGACUGAAAAGUUCAACUUAUAUGUUGGAAAGAUAUAACUGAAUAAUUUAUUUUUUGCCAUAAUUGUUGUUGUUUUUUUGCAACAUUUGACCACAAUAGUUUUAGGAUAUUUCUUGCUCUUGAAGUUUAUGCUUGUCUUUGCAAUAUCAGUAUACUUUUGUAUGUUUUAAAUUGUUCUAGUUCGAUUUAAAACUGAACAUGUGAUAUAAAUACUAGGUAUUAUUUUGCUUUUAACCAUAUGUUUUCAUCGAAAAUGGGGUUAUUAGAAUGAGGAUGUCAUUGGAAGUCCAGUUGACAUCAGGGCAUUAAACUGGUGGUUUCUGAUCACAAUUUCAGUUAGGAUUGACAUUCAGUGAUGAAACUUAGUCUGUAGCAAGCUCACAUGUAUCUUGGGAUUGCAGUUAUGGUAGGUGUGGUCAUUAUUACUAAAGAAAUAUAACAAUAUCUGCUCAAUUACUUGCGUAUGGAGUGACCUAUAGUGAAGAAACUAGGUAUGUAUUAAACUCAUGUGGAUAUGAAUUAGAGGUCAACGUCGAUGUCACUAAAGUAAGAAAAACAGUGUCCAUUCACUAACAUUACUAAGAAGUGUGGAAUCGUGAUGAAACUUGGCAACUUGAUGUCUUGCCUUGGGAUUGUAUUUUGGGGUUGGAAGUAACGGUGUAGGUCACUGCUUGUGUUAAGAUUCCUAGAACUUAAAUGUGCCAACAUUCCUUAUUGCACAAAUGAAAUACAUGUACCUGGUUUUAUCGCAUGGCUUCAUUUCAAGUCUUAAUGUGUUUCAUACUAUCAUAACUUUUUAGGUUGGAAAAUUAAGUACCUGUCUUGAUAAAUAGUUUACAUACAAAUAAUGCAAAUUGUUCAUACAGUUUUUAUUAAUUAGACGUGUUUGUGUUCAUUUCACUACAGUAUUGAUGAAUAAAUUUCAUUUAGGGUACACAGUCAUGAGAAAUUAUGAUAAUGAGCUGCUGUCUGACUGUCGAGCUGUCAGCAUAUAUCAUGAAUUCAUGAUAGAUUUCAGUCACUUUAUGCACUUGCUUAAUCAGCAUGUAUGUUCUAUUAAAGGGACUAGCUCACAUUUUCUAUGGUCAGACAAUUAAAAAAAAUGUGUUAGUUGUGAACAAAUGAUUGUUACAAUGAUAGAACAUCCCCAAAUGUUCAAAUAAGAACUCUUUGUUAAGCAAUUAUUUUAAAAAAAAAUGAGAGAAUGUGCUCCAUUUUGCAUAAAAGUGGUGAUAUCAUAAGAAAAGCUAUGUAAACUUAGAUUCACAAAAUUCUGUUUAAUUGAGUUCAUGCCAGUUGCCAUUUGGUGCUUUUUUUGCAAAAAAGGAACUCCAUAUGAACAAAGUUUAAAAAUAAAAAAUGCUAAUAUAAAAUCUGUGAGUAAGGCCCUUUAAAGACAGCUGUUAUGCACACUCCUCAAAACAUUUCUUUAUUAGCAUAACUUGUCUGAUUAUUUAUUAGCUGGGCCCAUAUAAGAAGAAAAAGAAGCAGUAUUGAGAUAUGCUGGGCCUCGUUGUGCAAAUACUUGAAACUUUUCCAUAACUGAACAAACAUUCAAGAUAUCUAAGUUCAUUCUGUAGCCAAAGACAGUAGACACUUGUACAGCAAGACCCAUAGUUUCGGCUUCAAUAAUUACUGUGUAAUUUCCCCUUUUUGACAGAAAAAACAAACAGACGAGGGUUGAAAUUCACUUCCCCAAGAAAGAAAUUUAAUGAUUCAUUUUAAAGAACACAAAUUUUUUUUUUCUUUUUGAAUUAGUAAAAUGGUUUAUCUUGUCAUAAUUCUAAUGAUCCACAAAGAUUAUGUGGACAUUUUUUUAAUUCUCAGCUUUAUUAUUACGCAAUAGUUUUUUUGUAUCAAAAGGUAAUUAAAUCUUAAGUAGUUG